AUGCUGCAGUUCGCAUGCCGUGUUCCAGGAUGCCCCAGCGUUCGCCAGGACUUCAGGAUCAAGAGGAAACUCCUGUUCCAUCCAACAGCAGAUCCAUACCGCCACCGUGCAAGCUCGCCUCCAGGUGUUACAGUCUGGGGCUACGGUGUCCCAGGGACCCCCUAUCGCCCUACCAUCAACGCCCCGAAAACGAGGUUGGAGGGAGAGGGUGAUAGGGAGGUACCUGAGACCCUACCGUUCCUACCAUCCCGCCCGAAGCCGGGAGCAACUCGUGCAAGGAGCAGGAUCCUGCCGCUCCCCAUCGUGGUCGAGGAGGACCCGGCCAACAAUGGCAAGCAGGAGUAUGGUCGAUCCAUCACGCCCAACGACACGAUCCAGCCGCUGGCAUUGCUUGUCCACUCAACAGCCCCUAUCGUAAGUUUUCAUACCGAGUGUGGAUGGGACCUUGUCGAACAGGUCAUGUACCUCGCCGUCUUACUUACAAUAGAUAUUGUCCAUCUCGAGCCCGGAGAAUCUGCCCCUGAGCACAUCCGGCUGCUCAACCACGGUGUAUAUGGCGCUGCUAUUCCAUUCUCGGGGUUCGUUAAGGGGCUGUCGAUUACCAAACUCCCCGAGCUAUACAAGAACUCUAUCCUCUACGCUCCCAAAUAG